UUCGUGAUCAACUCCAGGUAGGUCUUAUGUCUCGGCAUCCCCAAUUCCCUGAAUCCCCAAAUCCUGCAAUCCCUUAGCGGCAACACUGUACAGCUCAACCCAACCAACAUAACGAUACUACCGUCCUCCUGUAAUCCCGCAUUCCAGUGUUCUUGUGCGCCCAGCCAUUGAGCCGGGUUUUGAUUAUUCUUACUAGAGCUAGAUGAAGCACUUAACUACCUCAUAACUUGGGAGGUCCUCACAGCGUUCUACGAUUGAACGAUUAUAUUGUUCUUUUGUUCAGAAAGCUAGAUACUGUCGCCAUGAUAGACUUGGAUGGAUCGGACUCGGGUCCGGAUAUUAUGACACCGGAGCCGGAGACUGGACCCCAAUCGCAGCCACUCACCCUUAUUCACAAAACCCUGGAAUAUACCUUCAUAAUACCAACCUUUUUAUAUGCAAACGCGAUUCAACUACGAGACAGGUUUCUGAAGACACUUCGAAACUCAAAACCACGAGAAAAUGAGGAGGGUAGCCAACCAUCUAUCAUUGAACUCGUCUCCAAAUUCCUCAGCUUCAUUUCUGCGGAAAUUGAGACUCGAGUCGAUCCAAGCUUCGACAAGGAGGUUUUGAAUUUUGUUCUUCAGUCUUUCGAGCGAGAAGUGCUUCACAAUGAAGAAGUUCAUGCAUUUGCUGCCAAACUCCCCGACGACGUCGAUAAGCUCUUGGUCAUACGAUCAUACUAUCUUGCGGUCGGGGCAGUAAGACGAACCGCAGGUGUCCCGGAGUCGGCUCUCAUGCGCGCAGCUUUGAAAGGAACCGCUCGUGUCUACGCUGUCUUCGGUGGCCAGGGCAAUACGAAAACCUACCUGGAUGAACUACGAGAUGUUUAUGAGACAUAUCCGUCACUGACAAGGCGGUUCCUUAUCCCCGCGGCACGUUUCCUUGAACGUCUGUCGCGUGAUUCUAAGGCCUCUCAAGCCUUUGUCCAUGGACUAGAUAUCAUGCGCUGGCUGGAUAAGCCCGACUCACAGCCCGACAUCGACUACCUUGUUUCUGCACCAGUCAGCUUCCCCCUCAUCGGCCUACUGCAAAUUCUACAUUAUAUAGUCACCGCCUCCUCCCUUGGGACACAUCCAGGAGGGAUGAGAAAUCGCUUAUCAGGCACAACAGGCCACUCACAGGGCAUUAUAAUUGCAGCCACCAUCGCGGCUUCUACCAGCUGGGAGAGCCUUGAGCUACAAGGGAAGAAGGCACUCACGAUACUUUUUUGGAUCGGUGUUCGUAGCCAAGAGGCAUACCCCCUCCCCUCCAUCGCGCCAAGCGCAUUAGAGGACUCGAUAGCCCACGAGGAAGGCGAACCAACUGCGGCUCUAUCUAUUCGUGGCAUGUCUCACGAAGCGCUCGAAAAGCAUAUCGCAAAAGUAAACCGAGCCUUACCGGAAGACCGACAAAUCGUCGUGGCUUUGGUGAAUGGCGCAAAGAACUUCGUUGUCGCAGGCCCCCCAAUGGCAUUAUACGGACUCAACGUGCAACUUCGCAGAGUGAAAGCAGCCGAAAAUGUGGACGAGUCUCGCAUCCCGUUUAGCCAAAGAAAGCUGCACAUCAACAACAAAUUUCUCCCCAUCACUGCCCCUUUUCAUAGCCCCUACUUACGAUCGGCCAUCGAAGCCCUUCGAGAAGACCUAAAAGAGACGAAUAUUUCCCCCAAUGAUCUCGCCAUCGCCGUAUAUUCUACGUUCAGCGGGAAAGAUAUCAGGAGCGAGUUGCAUGAGAAGAACAACAUUGUGCCCUCGCUCGUCAGAAUGAUUUGCCAGGAUCCCGUACAUUGGGACAAGGUGAUAUCGAUGCCUGACGCGACACACAUAUUAGAUUUUGGUCCUGGACGUACUGCAGGCGUCGCUGGCCUCACCAGUCGUAUCAAAGACGGCACCGGCGCUCGCGUCAUCCUCGCGACCAACAUCACCAACCCGACACACCCUGAGAUUGGAUGUAAACAUGAGAUAUUCGCUCGAAGGACAUCUCAACUAACUUAUGGUACCAACUGGGCUAAACAAUACGGACCAAAGCUGAUAAAGACCUCGACUGGUCGCACAUUCGUGGAUACCAAAAUGAGCAGGCUCCUCGGUCUCCCGCCGAUCAUGGUAGCUGGGAUGACACCUACUACGGUACACUGGGACUUCGUGGUGGCUGCGACCAAAGCCGGGUACGAGGUAGAGCUGGCUUGUGGUGGCUAUUUUGACGGGAACAGUCUCACGGAAGCAAUCACUAAGAUCUCGACCGAAAUACCUCCAGGUCGCGGAAUUGUCCUCAACGUGAUAUAUGCCAGUCCAAAAUCCAUUUCCUGGCAGAUCCCGCUGAUACGCGAUCUAUGCGCCAAGGGACUACCUAUCAAGGGGCUAACUAUUGGUGCCGGUGUCCCUUCUCUCGACAUUGCGAAUGAGUAUAUUCGCACACUUGGAAUCAGACAAAUUGCAUUCAAGCCUGGCUCCAUCCAAGCUAUUCAGCAAGUGAUCAAGAUAGCCCAGGCCAACCCCGGGUUUCCAGUAAUAUUGCAAUGGACCGGUGGCCGGGGUGGCGGACACCACUCGUGCGAGGACUUUCAUGAGCCAAUCAUCGAGACGUAUAGCAAGAUACGGCGCUGCUAUAACAUCGUGCUGGUGGCGGGGUCUGGCUUUGGGGGUGCCGACGAUACUUACCCCUAUCUGAGCGGCACCUGGGCUAGCAAAUUCGGUCAUCCCCACAUGCCUUUUGACGGAAUUCUGCUUGGAAGCCGAUGCAUGGUGGCUAAAGAGGCACACACCUCAAGGGGCGCAAAACAGGCUAUCGUGGAUGCCCACGGUCUCGAUGACCGAGAAUGGGAGAAGACGUACCAGAAACCCGCUGGCGGGGGUGGUAUCGUCACGGUUCGAUCCGAGAUGGGAGAGCCGAUCCAUAAGCUGGCCACUCGAGGUGUCGUAUUUUGGGCCGAGAUGGAUCAGAAGAUCUUCAGUCUCCCCAAAGAAAAACGUCUGUUGGAAUUGAAGAAGAAGCCGAUGCACGACUACAUCGUGCGACGACUCAAUGCCGAUUUCCAAAAGCCCUGGUUUGGCCGCAAUGCGUCCGGUAGGGCCGUGGAACUCGAGGAAAUGACAUUUGCUGAAGUCCUUUCCAGGAUGGUCGAGCUCAUGUUCAUCAAGCACCAGAAGAGAUGGGUUGACGAGUCUCUUGCUCGUCUAACGGGUGACUUUAUACACUACAUCGAACAACGUCUCGCUACCCAUAUGACGACAAACAGGAACUCGCUUCUAGAAUCGUAUAGCGAGUUAGAUGAUCCGGUACCCACCGUCAAGCAAUGCAUCACAAUGUACCCACUCGCCGCUACGCAGCUCAUGAACGCUCAAGACUGCGCACAUUUCUUGAGCCUUUGCAAGCGCCCAGGCCAAAAGCCCGUCCCAUUCGUCCCAUGCUUAGAUGAGGAUUUCGAGGUCUGGUUCAAAAAGGACUCAUUAUGGCAAUCCGAGGACCUCGAUGCGGUGGUGGAUCAAGAUGUCGGCAGGGUCUGUAUUCUCCACGGGCCUGUAGCUGCUAAGUAUUCGACAACGACGAGAGAGACGAUUAGGGAUAUCCUCGAUCGUAUCCAUGAGGGCCACAUAAAAGCCCUCACCCAAGACAUCUACGGCGGCGAUGAAGAGAAGAUACCAACUAUUGAGUACUUUGGUGACAAGAUGGUGAACAGUGUUAUGAGCACUCAUCCGGUCCUCGAAGGAGUUGCUAUUUCCGAGACUGGCAACGAGACGAGACUGUUUAUUCCGGGAUCUGUUCUUCCCAACACCGAUCAAUGGGUCCAGUUGCUAGCUGGCGCUCGUGCUUCAUGGCGACGUGCCUUAUUUACCACGGACGUUUUCGUUCAGGGGCAUCUUCUUGAGGCAAACCCACUCCAUCGCCUCCUGGCCCCUUCUCGGGGCAUGCUCGUCAGCAUAGCAUACCCGGAGGACCCUAACAAAACUGCCAUCACCGUGGAGGAGAAGGUCGGUGAUAAGCAGCUACCGACAGUAAAAAUAGGGCCCCUCAUUAGCUACAUUAUCCCUCUUUGCCUCAUUGAACACCGCACUGCUUCGGGAAAGCCAGUGAAGCUUCCAUUGUUUUUUACAUACUAUCCGCAGGCAGGCUAUGCGCCUAUUCGUGAAGUAAUCAUGUCCUGUGCAGCAAUCAUGUCCCGAAAUGAGCGAAUCAAAAAUUUCUAUUACAAGCUAUGGUUCGGCUACGAUAGGCCUGUUGAGCCCUUAGAUGCAGUCAUACCUCAUACGAAAUGCUGGGAUGGCGGCACCACUACAAUUACUAGCACCGCGAUCCGCGAAUUUUCACGUGCGGUCGGUAACAAUGCUGAAUCUUACAUUGAGCGGCCCGGCCGGGACCAUCUGGCGCCUAUGGAUUUCGCCAUCAUCAUUGGCUGGAAAGCCCUCAUGGAGCCUCUAUUCGACGCCGUGGAUGGCGAUUUACUAAAGCUCGUCCACUUGUCGAACCGUUUCCGCAUGAUCACUGGCGCAACUCCUUUCAAACGAGGAGACAAGCUGAGCACAACGUCUGAGAUCACGGCCAUCGUCAAUCAGGACUCAGGCCAGAUGGUGGAGGUUUGCGGCACUAUCGUGCGCGACGAUAAGCCCGUGAUGCAAGUCACAUCACAAUUCUUCUACCGCGGCGUCUUCGCCGACUUCCAGAAAACGUUCCAGAGAAAGGAUGAGGCUCCCGUGCGAGUAUCUCUCCAGAACACCAAAGACGUUGCGGUAUUAAAAGCCAAGAAAUGGUUUAUAUCGGAAAAGGAGGAGGAUGUGGACGACCUCCUAUUAGGUCACAGCGUUGUAUUCACGCUACACACCUUGACCCGAUUUCGCGACAAGGUCGUAUUCGCCUCCGUCGAGACUGUCGGCACGAUCGACGUGGAAAUCCCGACGACAAAGGAACGCAUCCGCGUCGGUACGGUCAAGUACGUCUCCGCAGGGCCUUCACGCGGCAAUCCCGUGCUCGAGUACCUCGCUCGGCACGGCUCCAAGGUAGACCAGCCCGUCUAUUUCAAACACCCAAUUCCGAUACAGAAUAGUCACAACAAGGCUUCCCUCGAGAUAGAGGCGCCUGUCUCCAACGAGAAUUACGCUCGAGUUUCGGGUGACUUCAAUCCUGUUCAUGUUUCGCGCGUCUUCUCUCAAUACGUCAACUUGCCUGGUACUAUCACGCACGGCAUGUAUACUAGUGGUGCGGUCAGGAGCCUAGUCGAGACCUGGGCAACGGAGAACCAUGCUCAUAGAAUGCGUGACUACAACAUUAAAUUCACGGGCAUGGUGUUGCCUGGUGAUCGGCUCGAGGUGCAACUACACCACGUGGGCAUGGUGUCUGGAUCCAUGAUCAUCCAGAUUGAGGUGGUCAAGAGCGACGAAACAAGAGAAAAGGUAUUGACUGGCGAAGCCAUUAUUGAGCAGCCAACAUCUGCGUACAUUUUCACCGGUCAGGGUUCUCAAGAGAAGGGAAUGGGUAUGGAGCUGUAUGAGAAGAGUGCGGUAGCGAGAGACGUCUGGGACCGUGCUGAUAAGCAUUUUCUCGAUACUUUUGGCUUCUCAAUCCUUGAGAUUGUCCGCCAUGAUCCCAAAGAGCUUACAGUCCACUUUGGCGGGGCUCGAGGGAAGGCUAUACGACAGAACUACAUAGCCAUGACAUCCCAGAGCCUGGGUAUGACUGCUGACGGGGAGCCAAAACUCGAGAAGGUUUUCAAGACCAUCACCGAGCGGACUACUUCUUACACGUUCCGUUCUCCCACGGGCUUGCUCUCGGCGACACAGUUCACUCAACCGGCACUUACAUUAAUGCAAAUGGCGGCGUUCGAGGACUUGCGUGCCCAGGGCGUCAUCCGAAAAGACAGUGUUUUUGCCGGGCAUUCUCUAGGGGAAUACAGUGCCCUUGCCUCUAUUGCUAAAGUGAUGCCAGUCGAGACAUUGGUCUCGGUCGUGUUCUACCGCGGUCUGUGCAUGCAGAUCGCCGUGGAGAGAGAUGCGGCCGGUCGCUCAAACUACUCAAUGUGUGCAGUCGACCCUUCGCGCGUAAGCGCGCGUCUGGACGAGCCAGCGCUAAAGCACAUAAUCAAGAUGAUCACCGACGUCACUGGCUCGUUCUUGGAGAUUGUCAACUAUAACGUGCGCAACAUGCAGUAUGUGUGUGCGGGUGAUCUGCGCGGUCUGGACGUGCUGGGUGGCGUCAUGGACAGCAUCCAGGCACGGAACGUGGAUGUGCGUCAUCUCGAGGUGGAAGAGCACUAUAAUCUACUCGUCACUAUUAUCGAAGAGGCGGACCAGCGCUCUCGGGCCAAAGCAGCACCACUGGAGCUGUCGCGAGGCCGAGCUACUAUACCCCUCCGAGGUAUCGACGUCCCUUUUCACAGCUCGUAUCUACGGUCUGGGGUCCAGUCGUUCCGCUCGUUCUUACUCAAGAAUCUCGAGAAGAAGAGCAUAGACCCGGGUCAGCUCGUCGGAAAGUACAUUCCUAACCUCACGGCGAGGCCGUUCGCGCUUACCAGGGAGUACUUUGAGUACGUGCACGAUAUGACCCGAUCUCCUCGCAUCGGCAAGGUUCUAGAAGGCUGGAUCAAGUGAUAUAUGGCAUGUCGUGAUCAAUGAGCAAGGGGU